GUUUCACUGUGCCGUGUAGUAAAAGGGAAAUUGAAAACUAACAACAACUAAAAAUAGUUGCAGCUGCUAAGAAGGAAUUAAAAAUGCAGUAAAGUCGUAUCGUUAAAGAGCCGGGAAAAUAGUGUGACUAAUGCACACCCACCAUUCAAUUUGCAGCGAACACAGCUCAAGCGCAAUUAUGGCUAAUCCUUACGAGACAGCCGUGUCGAACGUAAGCCAGGACAUAUCAACAACAUCCACAUUGAAUGAAACGUUUCUCGACUACGCUGCUGCGGCAGAUGACAGCAGAAAUGCCAGCGGCGACAUGGACAUGGACUUUAUGUCCGUCGAGGAUGAGGAAAUGCUGCGAAUCGCAUACCUCAUUGGCGAUAUUGUGAAUAGAUAUUACGUGCCCAUCAUCUGCUGCACGGGCAGCAUUGGCAACAUACUCUCCGUCUUUGUCUUCUUCAUGACCAAGCUACGCAAAUUAUCGUCGAGCUUCUAUUUGGCCGCAUUGGCCAUCAGCGAUACCUGUUUCCUGUGCGGCCUAUUCAUGCAGUGGCUCAACUUUCUCAACGUGAACAUCUAUAAUAAGAAUUAUUUCUGCCAGUUCUUCACGUUCUUCAGCUAUUUGGCCAGCUUUUGUUCGGUGUGGUUUGUUGUUGCCUUCACCGUCGAGCGUUUCAUAGCGGUCAUGUAUCCGUUAAAGCGUCAAAUUAUGUGCACCGUACGUCGCGCCAAAAUCGUUCUAUUUGGCCUCACACUCGCUGGAUGUGUGCACUGUGUGCCGUAUAUAUUGAUUGCCAAGCCUGUCUACAGUCCCAAAUUGAAUGAUACCAUAUGCGAUCUGAACACCUCCUAUAACGAGCAACUGGCUUUAUUCAACUACUGGGACUCGAUUGUAGUCUAUGCGGUGCCCUUUACAACCAUCACCGUGCUGAACACCUGUACGGGCUGCACCGUUUGGAAAUUUGCUACCGUUCGACGCACACUCACAAUGCACAAAAUGAAACCUCAGAUGACAAAUAUGCCAGCGCAUGCAGCUUCCAGUUAUCGCAGUGCAGCAUCGUUGAAGCGUCAAAAAUCAACGGGCAUACACCCGAGUGGACAGCACAGUGUAUCAAGGCAAACCGAACAGCAGCAGCAGCAGCAACAACGGCAGGAAGUCAGGCCUCAACAUCAUUGCGAGAUAGCACAGAAACCAUCAGGACGUCGCAAGGUGCAGAACUCAUCCCAGUUGAAGGUAACCAAAAUGUUGCUUGUCGUCUCCACGGUUUUUGUCUGCCUCAAUUUGCCGAGCUGCUUGCUGCGCAUCGAGACCUAUUGGGAGACACAAACGGACAAAACACAAAAUUCAACAAUCGUUUUGCAGUACAUCUUCAAUGCGUUUUUCAUUACGAAUUUUGGCAUCAAUUUCGUACUUUAUUGCGUGAGCGGACAAAAUUUUCGCAAAGCGGUGCUCAGCAUUUUCCGUCGCGUCUCGUCGGCUCAACGCGAAGGCAUCACUCAAGUGACAGUUUCCGAGUAUUGCCGCAACACGGGCACCUCGACUAGGCGACGCAUGAUGACACAACACUGCUGGAACGAGAUGCACGAGCUGCAUCCACUUAGGUAAACUAACAAACGAAGCAAAUACGAAACGAAGGAGAGAAUACUCUUCGAAACUGAAAACAAGCGUCAAGCAGUCGGGCGACAUCGACUGCAGAAUACUCGUUCGUACAGGAAAAACAUCUCUCAAUUUGCGUGUCCCAGAGAAAGUGUUAUUUAUAAUCUGUAUCCAUCUUAACUGAUUCUAACUCUACAAAAUUUUUACUUGCCUGCGAUAGGCGAACUUUUGAUAAAAAAAAAAAAAAAAAAAACCUAAUAUACCCAGUGUCUCCCUGCCUCGUAAACGAGCAUUAAGAGAAUUUUAAAUAAAAAACAAAUCGAAUAUCGUAUUUCUUUAAGCUAAAACUGUUUGUGAUGUUCAAGUCAAAUAAGUGUAAA